AACGAUAGAAUGGCAUCAAGGGACGGAAUGUCAUAUGACUUGAAAUCGUACGGCCGUGGGAUAGCAUAUAUAUUUGUGAAUAAAAAUUAUGAAAAAGCAAAUGAUUAUGAAGAUAGAAAGGGUGCAGAUGAAGAAUAUAAAGCUCUCACACGAAUGUUUAAGAAUCUGUCAUUCAAGGUUCGGAGUUUUAAGAAUGAAGGGAUCAUAGAGAAACUUCAAGAUGCCUGCAGCCAUCCAACCUUAGAGGACCGAUCAUGCUUUGUGUGUGUGAUAUGUUCGCAUGGCAUAGAAAAAGAGGUUGAAAAAGUCCAACAACAUUUCAUUGUGGAUGGUAAGGGAAAUGAGAUCAACACCAAUGACAUCGUGUCUAUUGUCUGUGACUCUAAAGCUUUACGAAAAAAACCAAAGCUCUUCUUUAUACAGGCAUGUAGAGAAAAUGAUAAGAGCAAGAGGGCAGAAAAGCAUGACUUUGGUGUACUGAUGAAGUCAGUUCCACAACAGCCGGUCCCUGUAGGUAACAAAGACGAGACAGACGGUAGCAGUAAGAUGGAUGUCGCUACACAAAAAGAGGACAAUGUCGAUGUUUCGGAUAGUGAUACAGACACAGAUGAUGGUCUUUCAGACCGCGAAGAGUUUGAUCUCACUAACUACUACAAUGAUAGACGACUGAAAAUUCAGCAGCGGCACCCAGAGAAGACAGUUCUGUACCAUAAGCAGAAAGAACAUGUAGGAAGUGAUGACAGUGAUGAUAACAAGUGCGAAGACACCGAGAGACCUAUUACAGAAACAGAUUCAAUAUUUAAACUUAAAAAAAAGCACAGAGUGGACAAACCACCUAAUAAGGAGCCAGGCACUGUGAUAUCCAUUCCUUGCUAUGAAGAUAUGCUGAUUAUGUUUGCAUCAACUCCAGGGAAAUAUGCUUUUCGGAAUGACCAAACCGGUGGAUUUCUAGUCAGAAGCCUUUGUGAUGUCAUCAAUGGUUACCUGAAAGAAGAUGAUGGUAAAUACCUGGAGAAUACUUGCUUUCUGUCCAUCCUGACCAAGGUAGUAAAUCUGCAGUCCAAAAGGAAAGUGUCCAUUGACCCACUACCAGGUGUCCCCUCUGAUGUCACAACUGUGCCAGUUAUAUACCACAGACUUACCAAGGAUAUACACAUCCCAAUCAUGAAACCACAGUCAUGGAAACACAAACUAAAGACAGUUAUGAAGCAUCACUGACGAGUCGUGCAAGGACGAAACAGCUGUAUGAUGAAGCAUCACUGACGAGUCGUAGAAGGACGAAACACCUGCAUAAUGCAGCAUCACGGACAAGUCCUAGAAGGACAAAACAGCUGGAUGAUGCAGCAUCACUGACUAGUCAUAGAAGGAUGAAACAACUGUAUGGUGCAGUUUAGUUUAUUGUUUAGCACUAAUGUGUCUUACUCUAAAUUUGUAUUAAAAGAUGCUGUUUACUUUUGUGUCUUAUGUACACUCAUGGUAAAGCCUAUAAACAAAUGGUGUAACCAAUGUAACUACAUGUACAUGUAUAAUGCAGAAUUUUAGUCCUUACCAUGUGAGUCGGAAAAUAAGACAAUGAUGACCAUUAACAGACAAUGAUCAACAUUAUAGUAUUAAAGAUGUAUAUGUAAAAAUAUUGAAUUUUUUCAAUUCAUUAAUGUGAUGAAUAAUCUGAGAAGGAUGAAAAAGAUUUUGAUGUAUUCAUUUUUUAACUUGGCACAUGUCAUGAAUAUUUUUUGUUACUGGGUGUGUCUUCUGUAUUAAUUGUUUUACUUCAACACGAUUGAUUGAAACUGGAUAUUAAAUGGUGUUUGUAUCAUUGUCAGCAGCAGUAGUUUCAUACAAGUCAAAUCUACCAUAUAUACUGUAUUUAAUUCUAUCUAUCAUUUUAUCAAACAGCAUUAUAUGCAUGAUUUUAAAGAAUAAAUUUG